CAAGCAAAGCAGCCAUUCAGCAGUGGGAUGGAUCCUGACUACUAAAGAGGAGAGAGGGAGACUGAAAGAGCGAGAGAGAGAGCAAGAAAUGGGGGAGUGGUGGGAGAGAGAGAGAGGAAGCGAAAGAGAGAGUGAAAGGCUCCACACGGCAGAAUAUAAAUCUGUAUGUUAACAGGACUAAAGCUGGAGGUCUGGAAGCGGCUUUAGUGGUUAUGCUAGUAGGGGGUGGACAUUAACCAUCAAGAGGUGGUCUUCCCCAUUAACUGAGGAUCUGUGCAAAUAAGGAAGUGGGACCCGUGGAAGCUGCGAACGCCGGUUGUCAAGCACAGUGGUGGGUUGGUCGGAGGUCCGUGACCCUCUCAUUUUCAUUUCUGGAAGAAAAGAGAAGCGCAAAAGAGACACGAGACAAAAAGGAAGGUGCCAGCAAGAGACCAGAAUCAGGAGGCAUUGCGUUUUGGUAGAAGUGGGUGUUUCUGGAGCUGUCAUUGUGUUUGGUGCUGCUACAAAGGACAGCUGAGCAGAGAGUGAGAGAGACAGCUUUGGAGAUAAAAAAGCCGCCUGAAAGAAAAGAGGGGGACCUAGGACUACAGGAGCCGCUGACAACCUCUGGAAGGUGAAUGGUGAUGAAAAGAAAACUGUUACACAGACUGACAACCAUUUUAAGGUAGCUAUUUAUUGACACCAUUACCACCUCUUUAGGGAAUAAAGAAGCAGCGUGGCAAACCAACACUGCCAGUUGGAUUCUGCUAUUGCUGUUGCUAAGCAAAGCCACUAACCUGAAGUUCUUGGAGAGACAGUGUUGAUCAUCACUCUACAGCCAUGAAAGGAAGCUCAGAGGAAAGCAUUGAAAGCACCAGGCCUUCAAACCUGCAAGCUUUCGCUAACAUGUCCACCCUACAUGGCAUGAGUCACAUAUUCGCCUAUGGACACAUGACAUUCCGCCGGUUCCUUUGGACUCUUUCUUUCCUGGGCUCUCUGGGCUUGUUGAUGCUCGUCUGCAUGGAUCGAGUGUCCUAUUACCUGGAGUAUCCUCACGUCACCAAGCUGGACGAGGUGGCUGCGACGAACCUCACCUUCCCAGCAGUUACCUUCUGUAACCUCAACGAGUUCCGCUUCUCCAAAAUCACCAGGAAUGACCUCUAUCAUGUGGGAGAGCUGCUGGCCCUCCUCAACAAUAACUACCAAAUAGCCAACCCACACUUGGCUGAGCCCGAGGUUCUGGCUGCCCUUAAGGAUAAAGCAAACUUUCAGAACUUCAAACCCAAGCUGUUCAACAUGACUGAUUUCUAUAACCGCACAGGUCAUGACAUCGGUGAAAUGCUACUGCAGUGCACCUUUCGAGGGGAGGAUUGCUACCCAGUGAAUUUCAGCACAAUUUACACACGCUACGGAAAAUGCUACACGUUCAACUCGGGAUUAGACGGCAACCCUCUGUUGACCACGUUAAAAGGUGGCACCGGGAACGGCCUGGAGAUCAUGUUGGAUAUCCAGCAGGAUGAAUACCUCCCUGUCUGGGGAGAGACAGAUGAGACGUCCUAUGAGGCCGGCAUAAAGGUACAGCUUCACUCUCAGUCAGAGCCUCCUUUCCUCCACGAGCUGGGCUUCGGGGUCGCCCCUGGCUUCCAAACGUUUGUUUCCACCCAACAGCAGAGGCUUCAGUACCUCCCUCCGCCGUGGGGCGACUGCAAGUCUACUCCCAUAGACUCUGAGUACUUCUCCACGUACAGCAUCACCGCCUGCCGUAUUGACUGUGAGACCCGCUACCUGCUGGAGAAUUGCAACUGCAGGAUGGUUCACAUGCCGGGGACUUCUACAGUUUGCACACCUGAACAGUACAAAGACUGUGCUGACCCGGCUUUAGAUUUUUUGGUAGAGAAAGACAACGAUUACUGUGUCUGUCAGACGCCCUGCAACAUGACCCGCUAUGGCAAGGAGCUGUCCAUGGUUAAGAUCCCCAGUAAGGCCUCCGCUAAGUAUCUGGCUAAGAAAUUCAACAAAACUGAGCAAUAUAUCGGAGAAAACAUUAUGGUCUUGGACAUCUUUUUCGAGGCUCUGAAUUACGAGAAGAUUGAGCAGAAGAAGGCCUAUGAAAUCGCGGGGCUCCUCGGUGACAUUGGAGGUCAGAUGGGGCUGUUCAUAGGAGCCAGUGUUUUAACAAUACUGGAAAUAUUUGACUACCUAUAUGAGGUGUUUAAGGAUAAGGUUUUGGGUUACUUCACACGCAAGAAACGACCUCAGCGUUGCCAGAGCGACAAUCUGGAGUUUCCAGAGAACCCAACCAGCCCUGGUGUCACGCCUAAUCAUGCCCCCAGAGCACCUGUGACACCCUCCGGAGUCACUCGGACAGUCUCGGAUUCACGCCGAACAUGUUACCUCGUCACCCGACUCUAGGCAACUUCGAGGAGUUUGCCUGUUGACGACAUAAAGUAGGGGUCGGGGGUGGGGGUGGCACAUGUGGGGGACUCGCCAGCAAACUGUGAAAUAAUUUAUGUAUUUAACAGAACAAGGGGUUGAUUGUAUAACUCAAAAUCAUAUAGUAGAGUUUAUCAAUGCCUGAAUAGAAAUAGAAUACUAUCAUCAGAAGAAAAAAAAAAAAAGAGAGAGACCACUUCCAAAACAGAACUCAGGUUUAACUGCCAUGUCAAGGCGUCAGUGUUAAUUUAUUCAUGUUUCAUUUUGUGCAAUUGUUUUUCUUAUCCAGUCACUUUACAAUAUACAAUCACUGAAGAUAAUAUACGUGUCCAAAAAGGGAUUCUGACGAGUUACUGUUGUGCUAGUUUUUUCUGUACAUCAGUGGAAAAAUAGAAGUCUACAUGUGGACGGUGGUGUGUGUAACUUUGCAGUUUCUUCUCAGUGUUAACGUCUCUCCCGCAUUUUAACCGAUGCCGUAUCCAGUGACCUUAUACCCGUCACCAGUUAGAAGAGCAGAGCCUUUUUACAAAUCUGCUCCACUUUGACGAGCUGAUUGUCGGAUAUGAAAAGAGCUGCUCCCACCUGAAUCAAAGCACUGCACCAGUGUUUCACGUUGCCUUUUGCUACUUGGAGGCUUCGAGUUCGAGCCUCGUGAGUUAAACAACUGUGUUUGGAAAACAGAAGAGGAACUGGAUUAUUUGUACAUAUGCAAGGAUUGAGUUGAGACGACAGAAGCUACUGAGCUGGAUGUGUUUUGUUAACGUUACUCACUUUUUACAUAAAGUACAUUUAAAAAAAGAGAGUCAGGAGGCAAAACAGGCUGUUGAUUGUACCUUUAUAUCUUUAUAUAGCUGAUAUGUUCAUUUUCAUUAACGUCUCCCAUUUUUUCUGGGAUAGUGUCGCUGCGGCGACCGUCACAAAAUGAUGCUAGCGUUCAGCGCUGUAAAAGUCGGCCCUUAUUUCACGUGGAACUCAUCAGACCAAAAACAACAAGUCAGGCGUUCUUCUGCCUUUUCUAAUAAUUCUGUUGUUUUUCUCGUCGUGUCUUAAAGGUGUUGAUCAGCACAAUGAUAGUAAUCUAUUCUCUAUUGAACAUGAGUGGGGGGUUAAAUGAGGAUUGUUGCUGACAGACAGAUAUUGGCUGAUUGCAACAUGACUGACAGCGGGAGAGUUUAUCAUGUAGAAGAGAAUUGCCUCAAAGCAUCAAAACCACCAUGCACCUCGGUUCAGUUGAUUUCUAACAGAAAUGCAUUGUACAAUUUUACCAUUGUAUCCUCCUAUUAUUAUUAUUAUUAUUAUUAUUAUUAUUGCAGAACAUGUAAUGAGUCACAAAUAAGAGUUUGUGAUGUAUAAAUGAUCAAGUAUAAUAAACUCUAUAUUUACCCAUCUUA